AUGUCACAAUCGUUGCAGACGCCUUCCCUGCACAAGGUUCUCGCCUUUGGCGCCGGAUUUCUGUCCGCCGUCGCAGUGACCUACCCGCACAACGGCCGCCCGAACCGCUGGCACCACCUGAACCAUGCCCGCGACAUUGCUUCCGAGUACGACUAUGUUAUUGUCGGCGGCGGCACGGCCGGCCUCACCGUCGCUGACCGGCUGACCGAGGACGCCAACACCACUGUGCUGGUCAUCGAAUACGGCGUUCUCAGCGACUCGGCCUUGAUCAGCACCGUGCAGGGCGGCUUCCGCGGAAUGGAUGCGCAGUUCCUGUACGACAUCCAGUCGGUGCCGCAGGUGAACCUCAGGAACCGCUCGACAGGCGUGAUGGCCGGAAAAGUGGUGGGCGGCAGCUCGGCGGUCAAUGCGAUGAUGGCGGUGCGCGGGGCGGCCGAGGACUACGACCGAUGGGGCUCCUUUUUCGACGGAAGCAAUGCCGGCGGCAGAGGCGGGUGGAGCGCGGAGCUGCUCAAGAGCUACUUUCACAAAGCGCUGACUUUUGUGCCGCCACUGCCCGACGUGGCCAAAGCGGCGGGCAUCGCCUACGACACCGCGUACUGGGGCAACACGUCGAGCGUUUAUGUUGGUUGGCCGUCGUUUCAGUUCCCAGGCACGACCGUGCAGUUUGACGCGUUUCGCAGCAUGCCGGGCGUCGAUUUCCCCGCGGACAGCGGCGCGGGCCAUCCGGGCGUGUACUGGUUCCCGUCGUUUAUGGAUCCGCACAAGGUAGCGCGGUCGUAUGCCCGGACGGGCCACCACGACCGGGCGGUGGUGCGCAGCAACUACCACCUGCUGACGCGCACCAAGGUCGACCACAUCAUGCUGGAGACCAACCCCGAUCGGCCCCUGAACGACGCCAAAGCCACAGGCGUACGAUUCAUCGUCAACGCGACGACGGCCACGGGAUCUGCUUCCGGCCGGAACGCCCCAGUACGGGAACGGCCGACCCAGUUUGUGAAAGCGCGCCGCGAGGUCAUCUUGGCUGCCGGCGGCAUCCACAGUCCGCAGAUUCUACAGCUGAGCGGGAUUGGACCGAAACCCUUGCUGGAUGCCGCCAACAUCACAACGAUCGUCGACUUGCCGGGCGUCGGCCAGAACUUCCAGGACCACCCCAUGCUGACGGCGUCGUUUUCGCUGUCCAACUACUCGUCCGUGCAGCCCUCCGCCGCGGACCUGUUUCUCAAUGCCACGUUCCGCGCCUGGUCGGACGCCGAAUGGAAAGCCAAUCGCACGGGCCCGCAGUCGCUCGGCGUCGGCAACGCGGCCGCGUGGCUGCCGUUUCCUGUCAUCUCGGAGCGCUGGGCGGACGUGGCAGCCAACCUGUCGAGCCAAGACCACGCCGCCUACUUGCCGCCGAACACGCACGCAACGGUAGCCCAGGGCUACAAGAAGCAGAUGGACGCGUACGCUCUGGCCCUCAAGAACAACCGCACGGCGUUUUACAACAAUGUGCUAUCCGGCGGCCCGUCGUCCGGCGUGCUCGUGAUGCUGCACCCGCUGAGCCGUGGCACCGUCAACAUUGACCCUGUCGAUCCGUACAACCGCGAGCCAGUCGUCGACUACCGGGCGCUGUCGAACCCGCUGGACGUGGCGAUCAUGGCGGACAUGAUCCGGUACACGCGCCGCUUUUUCAUGGAGAAUGCGGCGCUGGCGCAGUACCGCCCCGUAGAAAUUGCGCCGGGCGACUAUGUCAGCAGCGAGGAAGACCUGGCGACGUAUCUGUCGGAGACGGUCUCGCCGACCGAGUACCAUCCGGCGGGCACGUGUGCGAUGCUCCCCCAGUCGCUGGGUGGCGUGGUGGACGAAUAUCUGAAAGUGUACGGCGUGCCGAAUCUCCGAGUGAUCGACGCGAGCAUCAUCCCAACGCUGCCGGGCGCCAACACUUGCCAGACUGUGUAUGCUGUGGCCGAGUUGACAUCACUUCCCUGCCUGUCCGCGUCCGGGCGCUGCCUCAAAGGCGGCCCGCCACUUGUCCUCCUGGCGGAACAUGACAAUGGUCUCGAGCGGCGUGGGCGAGCCGAACUCGGGGUCGGCACCGCCUUCGAGCAGAGCCUCAAUCACGGCAUCCUCGGCCUUGAAGACGGCGCCGGCCAGCGGGCUCUGGCCCUUGUCGUUGAGGCGGUUCGGGUCGGCGCCGUGGCGGAGAAGCAGACGCACGAGAUUGGCGUGGCCGUAGUAGGCGGCGAGCAUGAGCAGACUGUCGCCCUUUUCGUUGGCCAAGUUGGCGGGCAGACCGGCGGGCAGGGCCUGCUGGAAGAGGGCGAGGUCGCCGGCACGGGCGCCGUUGUAGAGGCGGGAGGCGAGUGCAAUGGCUUCAUCUGGAAGGCCUUGUGGUGGUGGAUGUUGUGGAUGUUGUGGAUGUUGUGGUUGCUGCUGCUGUUCUUGCUUCUGCUGCUGUUCUUGCUUCUGCUCCCCCGGCUGCGUUUGCUGUUUUGUGUCGGACAUUGUGGUGCGUGGGCAAGUGUCUGUGCUUACAAGGCGAGAAGUGUGUUGACGAUGUGA